UAGAGGCUGGUUUGAAAAACAUUUGACCGCCAUUAACUCAAAAGAAAAUUGGCGUGCGGAGCCGGCAGACUCGAACUCAAUCUUUUUCUGCUGGUGCAGACUACUGGAACAUUAGAAGCCAUAUCACACCACGCAAUCAUGUCGCAAAGUGACUUCAGUGGACGAUUUUUGUUUCAUUACGAUUUCCAAUGAGCACACCAGCCAAUGCCAGGAAGUUAUAGAAUGAAACUAGUGGAAGAGGAAGCAAGGCAAGCACUGUUGGAAGGUGUUAGGAGAUGGCUUCUGAGGAUAUCUCUCAGCUGGCAGAUGCCCUUGCAAAGACUCAAGUGGGUGGGGGAGAGCUGAGUUUCAAAGGUCGUGUCCUAAAACUUGACACAGCUGAAGCUGCUGCUGAGAUUAUUGAAGAGAUUGAGAAAUUUGAACACCUGCAAGCGUUACGCCUAGAAGGAAACACAAUUGGCGUGGAAGCUGCUAAAGCUAUUGCCAAAAGUCUGUCAAAUAAAAAGGAGCUGCAGAAAUGCUACUGGAGCGAUAUGUUCACCGGCCGACUGCGUUCGGAGAUCCCACAUGCUCUGAUAUCGCUGGGUGAUGCACUGAUGAGUGCAGGAGCUCAGCUGACACUACUGGAUCUAAGUGACAAUGCAUUUGGACCAGAUGGAAUUCGGAGCAUUGAAAUCUUAUUGAAGAGUGAAGUGUGUUACACAUUGCAGGAGCUACGUCUGAAUAACUGUGGCAUGGGAAUUGGCGGUGGACAGAUUCUUGCUGCUGCACUUAGUGAAUGCCACCGUCUGUCAAGUGCCCUGGGAAAGCCAAUGGCACUGAAAGUUUUUAUUGCUGGGAGGAAUCGUCUGGAGAAUGAAGGUGCCAUUGCACUGGCUGAUGCUUUUAAGUCCAUAGGAACUCUGGAGGAGGUACACAUGACCCAAAACGGAAUAAACCAUCCAGGUAUUACGGCUUUGGCUAAGGCAUUCACUGAAAACCAGCACCUGAGGGUCAUAAACCUUAAUGAUAACACCUUCACAGAGAAAGGAGCUGUUGCCAUGGCUGAGACGCUAAAGGCGCUCCAUAACAUUGAAGUCAUAAAUUUUGGAGAUUGUCUUGUACGGUCAGAAGGAGCUCUAGCGAUUGCUGAAGCAAUAAAGUCUGGAUUGCAGAAUCUCAAGGAACUUAACCUUUCAUUUGGAGAGAUCCGGAAGAAUGCUGCAAUCAUGGUAGCUGAAGCUGUGGAGCAUAAAUACUUGCUGGAGAAACUUGAUCUAAACGGUAACUGUCUUGGUGAGGAAGGCUGUGACCAAUUGAAGGAAAUUAUGGACAGCUUCAACAAGCAUGAUGUGCUGGGUUCUCUCAGUGAUGAUGAAAGUGAUGGGGAUGAGGAUGAAGAGGUGGAGGAGGAGGAUGAUGACGAUGACGACCUGGAGGAGGAAGAGGAAGAUGAAGACGAAGAAGCAGAAGAUGAUGGAGGUGGAGAAGAACAGGAGCAAGAGAAAACAACACGAGUUGAUCAAUUGAUAGUUGACACACCCGUGAAAACCAUCCCAAUUACCCCGACAUCAGAAGCCGCCAAUUUCUUGUCUUUUCCAUCUCCAGACAAACUUGUUAAAAUGGGAUCUAAACGGUCACUUCUGUUACUGCAGCAGACUGAUCUGUCAAACGCGGAAAAGGUUGUCCAAACGUUUCUGAAGGUGGCUGCAGUCUAUAAGGAAGACCAGGAAACCAAAGCAGCAGUAUUCGAGACUGCAGAUGAACUGUUGCAGAAAGCAUUCAAGACUACUGGAUUUGAGUUAGAUAUGUUCAUUACUUCUCUCUUGGUGUAUAUGGGACUUCUGAAGAGUGAAGAGAAGAUUAAAACGGUUGGUAAUCUAAUUGGACCUUUGACAGUUCUCAAACACGUGAUUCAGAAAAGCUACUUUCCACGCUCUGUGAUUCCCAUCCUCCAUGCUUUCCUUACUAAACACAAUCAUGCUUUUGACUCCUGCCAAAAUGCAAAAUACACUUUGUUGGAGACUAUGCAGAAUCUUUAAUACCAUCCCUGUGAUCUGGGAGCUGAUGCAACAAGAGAAGUACACAGGACUGGAGGGAUUAUCUAUGCAUUACCAAGGAAUGGCUGUAAAAAUGCCCAUCGGGCUGCACAGUGUUCAAUGCUUCACUUUCUUCGUGCUACAGACUGGAUCUUUUGCUUCAGUCCAGCUUGCACCUCAUGGCCUUUUGACAGUUUGCAGUCAGCUCAGCUCUGGCCAGAUUAUUUUCGGCUGCUUACAAGUGAAAGCGAAAUUGGAACCAGUUUUUAGUGACUGAUUUGCAAGCUGUUGAUGACUUGCCUUGUGUUUCCUUUGCCUAUUUUGGUGUUAGGAGAAAAAGUGGAGAAUAGCCAAAUUUCUGUGGCUUUGAACAACCAAGUAACAUGUGCUUUAGCUUAAAUUUUGGCCCUUUAUUCUUUCGUGAGAUGCUUUAUGAAAUUGAGUGGGCACAAUUCACAUUAUUCAGCUUCCUAUUUGAGCCUGGUGACCUGGAAAAAGAGAAAAUCAUAUUUGAAAAUCUACAGGCUGGUACCUCAAUCCCACUUCUGAAAUAUGUUGAUGCUGUCAUCUUCAUCUGCUAACUUGUGUACAGACUUUGAAGGAAAUGUGUUCAUAAAGUUCUUCCAAACUUGUAUAACUGUUCAGCUAAUACAGUUUAUAAAUCAUUUAAUCAAAUGGAAAAGGCUUGUUGGCUGCUGCAGAAUUGUGCCACCUACCCUUCUCCACCUUCACUGUCCCAGCCAAGGAUUUCCUGUCUGGGGAAUUGUAGGUUUUGGUCUGCAUAGUCAGCAGGACUUUAAUCUUUGUUUGCCUGAUUCCCCACUACCACCACCACCACAACACCUGAAAAAUUAUAGGAAAAAAGAAUUUAAAACAAUUUUCUCUUAAUUGACUAAUUAGUCAAAGGUGUCCUUGUGACUCAGUGCUACAGAAUAAAGAUAUUGCAUCUCAGUCUAGGAGAUAGGUAAGUGCGGGGCAAACAGAUCUAUCUUUGAAUAACUCACCAGUGCUAAGUUUACCAAACCAUGGCUACUUAGGGAGAUGCAAGAAUCUGCAGGCUAUUGCAGAGCCAUAUCCUGCCAAGAAUAGAUGCCUUCUGGUGAAAAGAAUUGAGUUACGAUUGGGGCAAGAGAAAAAAAUUAGAGCACUGAUGGGCUUCUUAUAUAACCGAACAUUUUCUAACAGAUAAUUUUUACAAGAGGUGAUGUUUUAAGAUUUAAAAGGAUGCAGGAGGAAAAACAGACUUGUAAACAUCACAGUCUGAUCAUAAGUGAUUUGAAAGCAGCUGUAGGAAAACUCAUUGGUACUCAAGGAGAUGGACUGAAUCUUAUCCCAGUCUUUGAAGAAGCAUUUUAAUAUUACUUCAUUUGGAUUAUCCAACUCGUAAAACCACUAGGCACUGAAACCCCCAGUCUAUUUUCUGUUCCAGAUAACUGUUUGCACUCUUAACAAUAAAGAACCCAUUAUCCAGGAUCUUCAGGGGAACUGCUCCAGUUGAAUUCUUUUUAUAAAGGCCUGGCAGAUAAAAGGUUGAGGUGGUGUUUGGAAAUUUUAGCUGAUUCUAAAUAGGAUUCACAGUAGCUUAGGAAAAUCAGGGGUUUUGAGUUGUGUUGUCUUAGGAGAGCGGCGCACACAACUGCAUUGUAUCUCUCACCUGUUCACCUUGGCCUGAGCAGUAAUGUAAGGGUGCACGUGUGCACCUCUGGAAGCAGAGGUAAUGUGUUCAUCUCUUGUAUGUCACAAUUUGUGUGAUGUACCUGUCGACCAAAACACAUUAUCAGGAUGGCCAGGCCUAAAAGAUCAGAAUUUUAGACUGCAAUUGGCUGUUGGCAUGAUGGGUGAUAAGCAGGCCUUAUUGUUCUUUUAUCUGUUAAGCUUAAUUUAAUCUACAGGGCCAGCUAUGUUCAUAAUAUCUAGGUUUGAAUAAGAUGAAAUGUUUCCAUAUGGUCUGCAAUAUUCAAUUCGUUUUUGUUUCUUCCUUAUUCUUCCCGCAUCAGACACAAUCUGUACCUUCAAAGGUGAGGAGGCAACUCCCACGCUAGCUCUGACACUUCCUGUACCAUAGAAUAUAGUGACUCUGAAGGAAGGUGUGUGUUUCCCCACUUGAGUUCAUUAAUCUGGUUUGCUAAUGGGCAUAUGCAGUACUGAAGGAAGUGCUGCAUUUUUCACAGCGGCAAUUACUGAGAGCUUGUUAGCCUAAUCACAUGCAUAUUCUAGGUCUCGUGGUUCUAUUUGUAGACCAACAGAAUUAUUUUGGCAACUUAGCCGACAUAUUCUUAGUUAAUAUCACUAAUAGAUAAUUAACCGACUAUUUGUUUUAAUUGAUAUUUAAAGAGUUGGAACUGGUGUGGACUGCACUAUGUCACUGCUUCAGAAAACUCUGAACUGGGUUGAGAUUUGUUUCUGGUGAUAAAGAUGCUGUAUGAAUCCA